GGGUACAUAAAGCGAGAGUGCGUCCAAGAAAAUCCACCUCUGUCCAGCGAUAGCCGAGACUCACUGCUGUGGGAGGUCACUUCACCAAAGCUAUGAUGAACCUUUUCGUCACUGUGGCCCUCAUAUCAUUGGCACACUUGACAUUUGCAGGCAUCCAGACUGCGGCCCUAUACCCUGGACUUUUCCAAUCUGGCCUCUACGGUGCCGGAUUGGGUGGUGCUGGCCUGUAUGGUGGAAGCCUGAGCCCACUGGGAAGCUUUAGCUCACUUGGAGGCAUUGGCUAUCUCGGAGGACUUAGCCCCUUCGGAGGACUCGGAAACCCAUUGAGCAGCCUUGGAUACCCCGGACUCUUGGGCGGACAAGGUGGAAAGUUCCCGGGUGACUUACGACUAAUCACCGAGCCCACCUCUGGCCUACCAGUCAGUGAGGCAGUAUACGUUGGCCUUGAGCGCCAGCGUCUGGUACCUGCCCCAUACCGUGUCCCCAGACCAGCGCCGGUUCCGGUUCCUCAUGUAGUACCGCAGCCAUUCACGGUUGACGUGCCUAUCCCACAGCCAUUCGAAGUUCCAGUUCCACAGCCAGUACCAAUUCACACCUUGACUGAAGUGACCGACACCGCACUCAUCGAACCCGUUACUACCGCAUAUGUCACAGAGCACGGACCUAUGAUCAACCAGUUCCAAACUCAAGUACCAUUCAUGGUCUAUUAAAGAGGAAAUUCGAAGAGUGGUCGAAUACAAGAAAAUUGUUCAUUUUGUAUGUGCACUGCUUGUAAUGCUUAAAUAAAGAACAAUAUGACGACUAAAA